UAACUGAGCAAAUAAUAAGAGGUCUUUGUAAAGUUAUACAAUUAACUCUCCCCAAAUACAGAGAUGUGCAAUCUCAACACCUCGUCAAAAACUUGAUUGUCUCAUUAUGCAAAGAGCAUCCUAAAUGGGCUAUGAAAUACAUGAAUGUCAUCAUUAAAGACAUCGUUGCACAAAACAUAAAUGAACCCCCAAGUAAAUCAACAGCCCAAACAGGGCUCUAUGCCUUAGGCUGGUCGUGUUUGGUGUUUAUCAACACACAAUCUAAAUCCUGUGAAGAAAACAAUGAAACAGGAAUGGAUAAUAAAGAUUUAAUGUUUUUGAUUGAGUAUCAAUCGAAGCUUUUGCAAAUUGUACUUUCUGCUGGGUUGGCGAAGCUAAAUGAUAUUAUUAACACUAUGUUUUCCCAGAUGUAUUCUUCAGUUGAAAAUAGUUUAAAUUUGUGUUCAAAAAUUAUUUGCAAAUUGGAACAGGGUGUGAACACUCUUGUGUAUCUAUCGUAUUUAUUAAAACGGAGUCAACAAAACAGUGCAAAUUAUGAUGAGUGGAAAAAGGAAUUUGUAGACCCUCAUAAGAAUGUGCUUCUUGAAACGUUCAUCAAGAAUAUGAUAACAGUGAAAGCAAAACCGAAUGCCAGUUUGAUUUCGGCCUGUGGCCCCCUUUUGCAAGUGUUCUCCGAGAAUGAUUUUACCUCGCACAUUCUGCCAGCUUUGCAGAGAUCCAUGCUGAGAAAUCCUGAAAUUAUAAUCGAAUGUGUUGGACAUAUCAUCGAUAAUGUGAAAAUCGAUACUAGCACCUGUUUGCAAGAUUUGGGGAAACAUUUGAUCGCAAAUUUACGUUCCAAGGAAGCAAUCACUCGUGAUGAAUCAAUUGCAACUUUAAAAUCACUUUGUCUAAAAUGUACGAAACACCAAACUAUAGAUUCUCUUGUUAAAUCCAUCUGCUCCGUCUACAAUGGCUCGGAAGGCAAACUGACCCUUACAGAACAUAAAAUCAGCGUUUUACAAGCCAUUGGCAACCUUUCCCUAAACACUGCCUCCAAUAAAGACCUAGCAAAGACCGUCGAAUAUGUAAUUGACUUUUUUGUCAAAGUCCUUGAUGCAGAGCAAAACGAGAAAAUUUUAUGCUUUGCCUUAGACAUGUUUUCAUCGUGGACUUUAAGAAUUGAAAAUGAUGUUCCUGUAAAGGUGGUGGAAUGUUUUAAGAAAGGGUUGGGUUCGAAAACGUCCAAUGGACCCAUACGUACCUCAUACUGCCAAAUGUUGUUGUGCAGUUUAGAAAACGCUAAAUUACCACAAGCGACUGAUUUAGAAACCGUUCUGAUCAAAGUUAUUGAAAAAAGUUUGGUGCAGAGCAACCAGACAUCUGUGGUGACUGAAAGUUUAGCCGCGAGUUGUUUAAUGUUGAAGUCGUUAUCGGGAAAGUAUGAAUCGGGAAAGUUCAAUGCUUUGUGGCACGCUGUUUUGGAUAUGGAAAAGCAGGUUUACUUCUCCGACAAAUUCUUGCAGUCUGCUGCCGAUGACGCUUUGUAUCAGAUCAUAAUUCUGUGCAAAGAGUUGUUGAAGUUCUAUAAAAAUCGUAUCAACGGCGAUAUAAAUAUACUGUAUAACGCUAUCGCAUACGCUUGUAUACAUUCCGGUCCAACUACCAGACCAAAGUGCUUAAAACUUGUGCAGGAGUUUUUGGAUUCGGACUGUUUAAUGCGAUUGAGUUUGCUCCGGCAGUUUUCUAAAUACAUGGAAACCGCUAAAAAUGAUAUCGAUGCCAAAAAUUUAAUAGACUUCCUGAAGACAAUCUUCCACAACGUGGACCAGUUAGAAAUCUGUGACGCCCAAAAACUUUGCAUCGAGUCUUUAAUAUGCGCCCACCAUCCGAGUAUAGUUGCCGCUGAACCCAAUAUGUGGAGCCAAUUGGUGCGCCCAACUUUACCCGAAAACAUAAUAGCCCAGUAUUCCAAAGACAUCAAAAGAAUCUUCAUCGAGGACUACAAACCGAUACCGAGUUAUGAAAACGCUCUGAGCACUUGUGUCAAACUGAAUGCAAGGGUUGUUUUACCAAACUUGGUGAAGAAGAUUUGUGAAAAGCUGCAAGAUCCUGCCAUUUUGUAUAUUACGAGGGAUGAAUAUUUUACUUAUUUAACACCUGAGGGUGAGGUUUAUGAUAAGAGUGGUUUGCCUGGUAACGAUGAGGAUGAGUUCAGUGAAUUGAAGAAUAUGAAACGCGAAAGCAAAGUCUAUAGCUACAAGGAGCAGCAGGAGGAGCUGCAGCUGCGGAGGGAGUUGCUAGAAAAGAAGAAGCGAGAAGGUAAAAUACCUGAGAUGACGCCGAAACAGAAGGAGGCGCUCCGUUUGCAAUUGGAGAAGGAGCAGGUCGUGCGCGAACGAUUGCGGGGCAUCCAUUCCGAGAUCGUCCUGAUCGAAUCGGCGAUCAGGUCCUGCAUUCGAGGAAACCCUAGAGAAUUCUCCUUGUAUUAUUCAUCAUUGGUCACCGAUCUGCUGAGGAAUCUCCAGUCGCCUUUGGCUGCCGGCGCCUUUGUGAAACUCUAUCAGGAUAUGGGCAAGGGCGUUUUUGAGGAGGACACUGGCAAAGUCGAUAGAAAUAUCGCAAAUCUAGGAGAAUCAAUAGCAAAGGUCACUGUACGUCUCUAUGAGCCCAACUGCGAUCUCGAUGCAGAGUUCGAGACUGAUAAAGAUCUCUGGGAGCAAGUUCGAGAUGUUCUAGAUGCUCUGUACGACGCGACUGUUUCUCUGAAGCACGACAACAGUUUCGAUGCCGAUCGUACAAAUGACAUAUCGUCUUUAUUGAGUGCUUCACAAUUUGCCUAUUCUUUCCCACUUAUUACGAAAACAAUGCUGUCGGAAAUUGCUAAGAAGGAUGAUGUGUUGGCUCAUAAUAUAUUACAGAUCAUAUCAGAACAUGCCAAAAUGCAAGGAAGUGACCUGCACCAUCCAAAAUAUUUGCCGCGGAAACUUAUGCUUGAAUUACUCGUCCAAGUAAUCGGUUCGGCUGCUGGUAGAAUCCAAACCCAAGCCCUAUCCACUCUACUAAGUGUUGCCAACACUUGUCUAAGAGCUUCUGAAGAUCAAUCAACCGAUGAUGAUGUAGAUAAAUCAUUAAAUACAGAACAAACAGAAGAAAUUCAAGUGCUACUGACUGCCAUGCAACAGCCUGUCGAUGCUGUAAGGGAUGCCGGUCUGAGAUCACUUGAAAUUCUGCUGAGCAAACUGCCGAGAUUGGACCAGGAUUAUGAUGCUGCCAUGAGGAUAAUUAAGCGUCUAUGGAUCGCCCGUUUCGAUCCUCGAGAAGAAAACGCGGAGUUGGCCACUCAGCUUUGGAAUCAGAGCGGCUAUGAGACUCCUCUGGCUUUGUGUGAUGCCGUCCUGGAGGAUGUCACACAUCACAAUGUGUGUGUGCAACAGGCGAGUGCCAAAGCCCUAGCCGAGCUGCUGAAACUAUCGGGGGGCCAACAAUCAGAAGUUGUCGUCGAGGUCACAGAGAAGCUGUUGAACAUCUACAAACUGAAAUUGGAAAUGGUGCCUGCUAAAAAGGAUCAGUUUGAUAGGAUUAUUGAACAACCGAUUGACACUUGGCAACCAAGACGUGGCGUUGCUCUCGCUUGCACCCAAUUGGCACCAUUACUGGACUCUGAAAGCGUUACCAAAGUGAUGGACUUUUAUGUAUCGACAGGAUUGGGCGAUAGGAAGAAUACAGUGCAAAAAGAAGUGCUGAAUGCAGCCCUGGCUGCAGUUGAACACCACGGUAAACAAGCCGUUUCGACCCUGUUGCCAGUUUUUGAGAAAUUCUUGGACAGUGCUCCUAGGUCUGGAAGUUAUGAUGCAAAGCGACAGGCUGUAGUUAUUUUGAUGGGUUCUUUGGCACGCCAUUUGGACAAAGAUGACCCUAGAAUAAAACCUAUUGUGAUGAGAUUGAUAGCUGCCCUGAAUACACCCUCCCAACAGGUCCAAGAAUCUGUUGCCAACUGUUUGCCAUACUUGGUGGGUUCCAUAAAAGAGGAUGCUGGCAACAUUAUACAGAAACUGUUGCAUCAGCUACAAAAGGCUGAGAAGUAUGGUGAUAGAAAAGGUGCUGCCUACGGUCUAGCAGGCAUGGUCAAAGGAUUAGGAAUCUUGUCAUUGAAGCAAUACGAUAUCAUGAACACACUAACUGUGGCCAUACAGGAGAAGAAGAAUUACAAAUACAGAGAAGGUGCUCUAUUUGCUUUUGAGAUGCUCUGUGCCACUUUGGGCCGUCUGUUUGAGCCCUACAUUGUCCAUGUGUUACCUCACCUUCUCUCUUGUUUUGGAGAUACGUCUCAAUAUGUGAGGGCAGCCACAGACGACACUGCCAAACAGGUGAUGAGCAAGUUGUCAGCACACGGUGUCAAGCUGGUUCUGCCUGCACUUUUAGCCGCUCUUGAAGAAGACAGCUGGAGAACAAAAACUGGAUCUGUUGAGUUGCUCGGUGCUAUGGCGUACUGCGCUCCCAAACAACUGUCCAGUUGUCUUCCCAGCAUUGUUCCUAAACUUAUAGAAGUUUUAAGUGAUUCGCACAUGAAGGUACAAGAGGCUGGUGCAGAAGCUUUGAAAGUCAUUGGAUCCGUUAUCAGAAACCCAGAAAUUCAAGCUAUCGUUCCUGUGCUGUUACAAGCCUUACAGGAUCCUUCAAAUAAAACAUCUGCUUGUCUCCAAACACUCCUCGACACCCAGUUUGUGCAUUUCAUAGAUGCUCCAUCGCUCGCUUUGGUCAUGCCAGUUGUUCAGAGAGCUUUUCUGGAUAGAUCUACUGAAACUAGAAAAAUGGCAGCACAAAUCAUAGGAAAUAUGUAUUCUCUGACUGAUCAAAAAGACUUGACGCCGUAUCUGCCAAAUAUCAUCCCUGGAUUAAAAACUUCACUCUUGGAUCCUGUACCUGAAGUAAGAAGCGUCUCUUCCAGAGCCCUUGGAGCUAUGGUCAGAGGUAUGGGUGAGGCAAGCUUUGAAGAUCUUUUGCCAUGGUUGAUGCAAACUCUUACCUCCGAAACUAGCUCAGUGGACAGAUCAGGAGCUGCUCAAGGUCUCAGCGAAGUCGUUGGUGGUCUUGGAGUUGAAAAAUUACACAGACUUAUGCCUGAAAUCAUAGCAACUGCCGAACGGACUGAUAUAGCGCCUCAUGUCAAAGACGGUUACAUAAUGAUGUUCAUCUACAUGCCCAAUGCAUUUCCGGCUGAGUUUACACCGUACAUUGGUCAGAUCAUCAAUCCAAUAUUGAAGGCUUUGGCCGAUGAGAAUGAAUAUGUUAGAGAUACCGCUUUGAAAGCCGGGCAGAGGAUUGUUAAUUUGUAUGCAGACAGUGCUAUUAUGUUGCUGCUUCCUGAAUUGGAGAGGGGAUUGUUUGAUGAUAACUGGAGAAUCAGAUACAGUUCUGUUCAACUUCUUGGUGAUCUCCUGUACCGAGUUUCUGGAGUUUCUGGUAAAAUGUCUACGGAAACGGCCAGCGAAGAUGAUAACUUUGGUACGGAACAGUCUCAUGCAGCUAUUAUCACCGCUUUGGGAGCUGAUAGGCGAAAUAGGGUACUUGCAGGUCUUUAUAUGGGACGCAGUGAUGUUGCUUUGAUGGUACGUCAAGCGGCUUUGCAUGUUUGGAAAGUUGUUGUCACAAACACUCCUCGGACCCUUAGAGAAAUUCUUCCAACAUUGUUUGGCUUAUUACUUGGCUGUUUAGCUAGCACCAGCCAUGAUAAGAGACAGGUAGCUGCCAGAACGUUGGGUGAUCUUGUGAGGAAGCUUGGUGAAAGGGUUUUACCUGAAAUCAUUCCUAUUUUGGAGAAAGGCCUGAACAGCGAUCAACCUGAUCAGAGACAAGGCGUUUGUAUCGGUCUUAGUGAAAUUAUGUCGUCGACAUCUCGUGAUACCGUGUUGACGUUCGCCAAUUCUUUAGUGCCCACUGUUAGAAGGGCUUUAUGCGAUCCUCUGCCGGAAGUCCGAAAGGCGGCUGCUAAGACUUUCGAUGGUUUGCAUGCCACAGUUGGUCCCAGAGCUCUUGAUGAUGUCCUACCCUCUAUGUUGGAGGACCUGAACAACCCCGAUCCGGAAUUAGCAGCCAGCUCUCUAGACGGUUUGCGACAAGUUAUGGCUGUGAAAUCCAGGGCUGUGCUGCCUUAUCUGGUUCCUCAAUUGACUGCUCGACCGGCCAACACGAAGGCUCUGGGGGCCCUGGCAUCUGCUGCAGCUGGCGAUGCUUUGGCACGACAUUUGCAUAAAAUAUUACCGGCGCUGAUUGAAUCAUUGUGCGAUGCCAGGAACGAGGGAAGAGAGACUCAGGAGUUAGAAAAUUGCCAAGCUGUUAUGUUAGCAAUUAAUGACGAGACCGGAAUAAGAACUGUUAUGGACUCUUUGAUGGAUUCUACUAAAUCAGAACAAACUGAAAUUAGAAGGGCCUCGGUAACACUUCUGUGUGCCUUCUGCUCACAAUCCAGGGCCGAUUAUUCCCAAUACGUACCGCAAUUAUUGAGAGGACUGAUUCGCUUGUUUACAGAUUCUGAUAAGGAUGUUUUGAUCAGAAGUUGGGAAGCCCUUAACGCAGUAACAAAGACUUUAGAUUCAGAGCAACAAAUCGCACAUGUUUCCGAUGUGAGACAGGCUGUGAGAUUUGCUAGUAGCGAUUUGGUACCUGGUGAACUGUUGCCGGGUUUCUGUUUGCCCAAGGGCGUUGCUCCGAUUUUACCAAUUUUCAGAGAGGCAGUGCUAAAUGGAAUGCCCGAUGCUAAGGAGAGUGCUUCACAAGGUCUUGGCGAAAUAAUCAAGUUGACGUCGGCGGCGGCUCUGCAGCCGAGCGUUGUUCACAUAACGGGCCCCCUUAUCAGAAUUUUGGGAGACAGGUUUAAUGCCGAUGUGAAAGCUGCUGUGCUGGAAACUCUGGCCAUUUUAUUGGCUAAGGUCGGCGUGAUGCUGAAGCAGUUCCUGCCUCAGCUGCAGACGACCUUCCUGAAGUCCCUCAGUGAUGCCAACAAGGUGGUCAGGAUCAAGGCUGGUCAGGCUUUGAGCCAACUGAUUGUGAUACACACCAGGGCCGACCCGAUCUUUGUCGAGAUACACAACGGUAUCAAGAACUCGCAGGAGGACUCGUCAGUCAGGGAAACAAUGCUUCAAGCUCUACGUGGUGUAACAUGUCCAUGUGGCGACAAAAUGUCUGAACCAGUCCGAAAGCAAAUCACUCAGACCCUGAUCAGUCUUUUGGAGCAGAACUACACUCCGUCUGAGGAAGGUGUGAGAAUUCGUGCAGCCGGCUGCCUGGGUUCGGUAUGUGGAUUCCUUGAACCUCAGAAAAUGGAUGAAGUUUUGACUGAACACAUUUUGGUUGAUGAUAUGUCAUCUCGUCCCGAGAACGAGCUCAGUGCAAGGGUGAGCGCCCUGGCAGUUGCGAUCAAAGAACGUCCCAAGAGCAUCCUCUGCGAAGCAUACGAGGUCAGGACGACAAGAUUCUUGGCAAAUGCACUGGCCAGUGACAAGUCUCAAGUGGCAUGCUCGGCUAUCAGGGCCUGCGCCUAUCUAUUCCACCAUCUGAUGAUGCAGGAGAAGGACAGCAAGCUGCCGCAGCAGCUGUUGACACCAUUUGUCAGGACGAUGAACCAUGCCAGCAAUGAUGUCAAGCAGCUCUUGGGCAGAGCAUCUGUUUAUUUAGCCAAAUAUGUCUCGGUCGAAUACACAUCACAGGAUUUGAUUCGUGCACUUGUUCCUGCCCUGGUCAAUGGCACCAAAGAGAAGAAUGGUUAUGUUAAGGCUAACUCAGAACUCGGUCUUGUGGCUAUCUUGAGGCUUCGACACGGAGAUGAGGUUCAUAAGCGUUACUCUGUCCUUCUGGACAUCGGCGCCCGGGAGUCCCUGAACGACGUCGUCAGCAAGGUGCUCCGCAAGACCAUUCUCUCGCCCGAAGGAAAGGAGGACGAGCUCGACGACACGCUCAUAUCGUGAUCAUCGACUAUUAUUGUUGUUGCUAUUGUUGUGAUAGUUGUUGUUGUUGAUAGACGACGACGACGACGACCAAUCAAUCAGUGUCAUUAUGCAAUUUAUAAUCAUUGUUGUGUUAGAGAAUUAUUUAAAUGUACAUUAUUUACUACUGGUGAUGAUGAUGAUGAUUAUAAUGAGGAGAUGGUAGUCUUUUGCUCGAGCUUGAAAGUUGAUGAUGAUUUAGUGAAUUUU